CCACGCAGCCAGUCUCGGUUACACGCUCCCAACGCACCAGCACCGGGUCAGCGGGAUGCGCGCCCCCGCGCGCCUACAGCCCGGUCUGUCACUGCGGGGACGCGCCCUGCCCCGUGCACGCGCGCGGAGGGACGGAUGCACCAGGAAGUCAGUGCUGCUCGGCUCGGCAACGGGCUGUGGGGGUGCGGCGUGAGACGGGCUGAAGCGGGCCGCUCCCGGCUGGCGGGGAGACUCCCACCCAGGACAGCAAGCAUGGAGGAACGGACCCGAAGUUGUUUGUUGAGAAAUCGCUCUGCACUUGAGCAAGAUAUCAAGACCUCGUACAUUAUGGACCACCUAAUAAGUGAAGAGGUUCUGAAUCUUGAAGAUGAACAGAACGUUAAAGUUCAGGCCACACAAAAAGAACGGGCUGCUUUACUUAUUGACCUGAUACUUCAGAAGGAUAAUUAUGCUGUCAUAUCUUUCUACAAUGCAUUGCUGAAUGAAGGCUAUAAGGAACUCGCUGGUCUUCUUCAAGAUGGCCUUCCAAUCAUAUCAACCUCAAAUAAAAGUUCCAUAGACGGUUUGACUCCUUAUGUUCAAACAGUACUUUGUGAAGGUGGUGUACCCCAACGUCCUGUCGUGUUUGUUGAUCGUCCAGAGCUUCUGCAAACUAUCAGAAAUGAAUUGUUUAACUUGGAAAUGGAGCCUGGCUGGAUCACCUUAUGUGGCAUGGCAGGUUGUGGCAAGUCAGUUUUAGCAGCUGAAGCUUUACGCAAUCACAGAGUUAUAUCUGAAUGUUUUCCCGGAGGAGUACACUGGGUAGCCGUUGGAAAGCAAGAUCGCGCUGGUAUUCUGGUUAUACUACAGAAUCUUUGCAGUCGAUUUAAUCAAGGAUCCCAGACUUACCUAAAUCCACCUCUAAACAUUGAAGAAGCCAGGGACCGACUCCGUUUCUUCAUGGCACGUAAAUAUCCUCGGUCACUUUUGAUCCUUGAUGAUGUUUGGGACAACUGGGUACUAAAGUGUUUUGAUGUUCAAUGUCGUGUUCUGAUCACCAGCAGAGAUAGGAGCAUAUCUGAAGCAGUAGCAGGGAAUAAAUUCCUCAUUUUGGUGCAAAGUGGCCUGAGCAAUGAUAAAGGAUUGGAAAUACUAGCACGUUUUGUUAAUUUGAAGGUCUCCUGUUUGCCAGAUGAAGCACACAGCAUCGUGCAGGAGUGCAAAGGUUCCCCUCUGGUUGUCUCCCUUAUUGGUGCUCUGUUGAGAGAAUUUCCAAAUCGUUGGGCUUAUUACCUCAAACAGCUACAGGGUAAACAGUUCAAAAGAAUUCGUAAGUCAUCCUCCUAUGAUUACGAGGCACUAGAUGAGGCUAUGGCAAUUAGCAUUGAGGUAUUGGAGCAGGACCAUAGAGAAUACUACAAGGACCUCUCUAUACUUAAAAAAGAUGUGAAAGUACCAACUAAGGUUCUGUGUAUUCUGUGGGAAAUGGAUGUGGAAGAAGUGGAAGAUAUUUUACAAGUGUUUGUCAACAAAUCUUUACUAUUCUGUGACCGAAACAAGAGAUCGUUUCGGUAUUACCUGCAUGAUUUACAAUUGGACUUUCUAACUGAACAAAAUCAUGAUCAACUGAUGGAUUUGCAUGUCAAAAUGGUUCAUCAGUAUCAGAAGGCAUAUAAAAAUGGAUUUCCAUCUCCUUCUGAUGAGGAUUGUAUUUAUUGGUACAGUUUUCUGGCAGACCAUAUGGCCAAAGCCAAUUUGAAGAAGGAACUCUACUCACUGAUGUUUUCAAUGGAUUGGAUAAAGGCCAAGACUGAAGUGAUGGGUCCCGCCCAGUUAAUAAAUGACUUUGUGGAACAUAGGCAUGUGCUGGAUGAGGAGAACAGUACAGUGCGGGAGAAUUUUCAAGAAUUCCUGUCUUUGAAAGGCCAUCUCCUGGUGCAGAAACCCUUCCCAGAUAUUGUGCAGUUGGGUCUUUGUCAGUCGGACUCCUCUGAAGUAUAUCGACAGGCAAAGCUGAAGGCUGUAGAAAAAGCCCAGCAUGGAGCUGUGUACUUGGAAUGGAUAAACAAGACCACCUUGCAAAAUUCAUCAAGCCUUGUUGUUCAGCUUCAUUGUGAUGCUGUUUUUCAUGCCUGUUUUUCUCAUGACGGAUUGAAGAUAGCUUCUUGUGGAGCAGACAAAACAUUACAGAUUUUCAAAAGUGAGACAGGUGAGAAAUUUUUGGAGAUUAAUGCACAUGAUGAUGAAGUGCUGUGCUGUGCAUUUUCACCAGAUGACAAAUUUGUUGUCACAUGUUCAUCAGAUACAAAAGUUAAGAUCUGGAAUUCCAUAACUGGACAGCUAAUUCACACAUACCGUGAACAUGAAGAACAAGUCAAUUGUUGUCAGUUUACACAUUCACAGCAUAACAUGAUGUUAGUAACAUGCUCCAAUGAUACUCUUGUAAAGACAUGGGACCUGAAAGGGAGCAACUGUAAAAACACUCUAUUUGGCCACACAGAACCUGUUAACCAUUGCAGUUUUUCUCCUGAUGACCAGUAUGUCGCCAGUUGCUCCAAUGAUGGGACAGUGAAGCUAUGGGCCACAAGAUCUGGUAAUGAGUGGAAGUCCAUUGAUGUAAAUGAACAAUGCCGGACAUCAGAUGAUGAUGAGGAGGUUCUAUUAAAGUGCUGUUUGUGGAUAUCUGAUGGCACCCAAAUCCUGGCAGCUGCAAAAAGUACUCUCUUUAUUUAUGAUGUAUCGACUGGGGACAUGAUAACUGAAUUAGCGAUUAGUCGCUACAGCAAUAUUCAGUCUUGUGCUAUUUCUCCUACCAGACCAUUGCUGGCGGUGGCUUUGUCUCACAAUUCUGUAGAGUUAUGGGAUAUGAUAUUGCACAAGAGAGUGGCUGACUGCAGUGGACAUCUAAGCUGGGUUCAUUGUGUCCAAUUUUCACCUGAAGGUGCAAAAUUAUUGUCGUCUUCAGAUGACCAAACCGUUAGGCUAUGGGAGAUCAAUAAAGUGCACAGUUCCUCUGCUGUUUCUUUGGUACAGUGUAUGGAUGCAAUCUUCCAACAAGGUGACAUGUUUGUCCUGGUAUCUGAUAAUAAAAAAUGUUUACAGCUAAUAAAUGGAAAAACUGGCAAUGUGAUGUUCCAGAGUGAUGUUCAGGACUCUCGUAUCUGUUGUUGCUGCCUUAAUCAACACACUAAUUUGGCUGCAUUUGGACAUGGAGAUGGAAUCUUGAAGGUAGGCAUGAAGUCGGCCAAGCUCGUCCUACAGAACAUUGGAUGGAAGAUGCAACAAUUCCAGAAGAGCCUGUUGAUAGCGAUAGGUCUAGAAAAAGGCAUAGUAAAGGUCCUAGAAUUUCCCAGUGGUAAAACUCUCAGUACAUUAACAGGCCACACGCACGGCGUUCAACGAUGUCAGUUUACACACCAUGAGCAAACACUUAUUUCCAGUUCUGAUGAUGCUACAAUAAGGGUAAGGUUUAUCUUGGAAGUCUUUUCCUAAUCUGUAACAAAAAAA